GUCACUUGAGAGACCAUGCCAAGUUACGAUAGAGGUGGCGGACGAGGUGGUAGAGGAGGAGGAAGGGGAGGACGAGGUGGAGGGAGAGGAGGAUUUAGAGGAGGGAGGGGAGGAGGAGGGGGCGGAGGAAGAGGAGGGUUUAAGAGUCCAGGACGAGGGAGAGGCAGAGGAGGAGGAGGAAUGAGAGGAGGGAAGAAGGUGGUGAUUGAGCCUCACAGACACGAGGGAGUGUUUAUAUGCCGUGGGAAAGAGGACGCUCUUGUUACCAAGAACAUGGUCCCUGGAGAAGCCAUUUACGGAGAAAAGAGGAUUAGCGUUGAAUCUGGAGUUGAAGGAUCAACUGAUAAAGUUGAGUACAGAGUAUGGAAUCCUUUUCGGAGCAAACUUGCGGCGGCCAUUUUGGGUGGAGUUGAUAACAUACACAUAGGUCCUGGUUCAAAGGUUCUGUACCUUGGAGCCGCCUCCGGUACUACAGUGUCACAUGUAUCGGAUAUCGUUGGACCUGAUGGUCUUGUCUAUGCUGUGGAGUUCUCUCAUAGAAGUGGGCGGGACCUAAUCAACGUUGCUAAGAAACGGACAAACAUCAUCCCAAUCAUUGAGGACGCUAGACACCCACACAAAUACAGGAUGCUAAUGGGUAUGGUGGAUACAAUAUUUGCUGACGUUGCUCAGCCCGAUCAGGCUAGGAUAGUCGGUAUCAACGCUCUUCACUUUUUAAAGAACCAGGGACACUUUGUCAUCUCCAUUAAGGCCAAUUGUAUAGACAGUACUGCUGAACCUACUAAGGUGUUUGCUGGGGAAGUGAAGAAGUUGCAGGCUGACAAUCUAAGGCCUAAAGAGCAAAUCACAUUAGAGCCUUAUGAGCGUGAUCAUGCGGUUGUGGUCGGGGUAUUUAGGCCUAUCAAGAAAUCAAUAACAUAACUGAUUUAUUAUUAUUUUAAUUUACCAUUAAUUACUACUAACUAACCCAAGCCCCACCUUUACA